GCGCAGCAGCGAGCAGCAGUGAGUCCACAGUCCACAGUGAGCGUCGCCCUUUAACCGGCGCAGUUCCGACGUUUGUGCGCACCUUCCCACCAGCGCACGUCCCAGUCAUGCGGUCGGCCCGGUCUCCUGUUAACGCACAUUCCGGUUCUUCCCUUCACCUUUACUUGCAGGCCUGCAGUGGAGCUCGGGAGUGGCUUUCGGUGACCUCAGGCUGCGCCCUGAGCGGCUGACACGCACAGCUGCGCACUGGUCGACAGUGAGCGCAUAGGUGGGAUGUGAACGGGACAAUGGGUGUGUAGCGACGGAGGAGACCAAACAAACCAGAGCGAAACCUCUCUCGGACUUUUUUCAUGUGAUUUUUUUAAACAGUGGACUAGGAUGUCUUCACGAGUCCGACCCGGAUACAUCCGCCAAGAAGUCAACAACACCACAUGGGAGGUACCGGAGCGGUACCAGCGCCUGAGGCAGGUGGGGUCCGGCGCGUACGGGACUGUGUGCUCAGCCGUGGACUCCAGAACCAGAACCAAAGUGGCCAUCAAGAAGCUGUACAGGCCGUUCCAGUCGGAGCUGUUCGCCAAGCGGGCGUACCGAGAGCUGAGGCUCCUCAAACACAUGAAACAUGAAAAUGUGAUCGGCCUGUUGGACGUGUUCACUGCCGACCUCUCCCUGGACAAACUCCACGAUUUUUACCUGGUGAUGCCGUUCAUGGGGACGGACCUGGGGAAGGUGCUGAAGCUGCAGCGGCUGUCAGAAGAAAAGAUCCAGUAUUUGGUUUAUCAGAUGCUCCGAGGUCUGAAGUACAUUCACUCUGCUGGCAUCAUUCACAGGGACCUCAAACCAGGAAACCUCGCCGUCAACGAAGACUGUGAGCUCAAGGUACCUCGAACAAACAACAACCAAACUUCUAGCAAUCAAUGCAUUUACCACACCUGCUUCCUCAGAGUGAGUAAGAUGUACAUGUCUCCUGGUCAGAUCUUGGACUUUGGUUUGGCGCGGCAGGCCGACAGCGAGAUGACGGGAUACGUGGUGACUCGAUGGUACCGAGCCCCGGAGGUCAUCCUGAGCUGGAUGCGCUACACUCAGACGGUGGACAUUUGGUCCGUGGGCUGCAUCAUGGCAGAGAUGCUGCAAGGAAAACCUCUUUUUAAAGGCAGCGACCAUCUGGAUCAGCUGAGAGAGAUCAUGAAGACCACAGGAACUCCGACUCAGGAGUUCAUAUCAAAACUAGAGUCUGAGGAUGCUAAAAGGUACAUCGAAAGUCUUCCGAAAAUGGAGAAGAAAGACCUCCGCAGUGUGUUUUCCACAGCUAAUCCACAAGCCGUGUCCGUGCUGCAGCGCAUGUUGCUGCUGGAUCCGGAGAACAGGGUGAGCGCCGCCGAGGGUCUCACGCUGCCUUACUUCAAGGAGUACAGAGAACCGGAGGGGGAGAAGGAAGCGGAGCCGUACGACCACUCGGUGGACAACUCCGACCUGACGCUGAGCCAGUGGAAACGUCACACCUUUACAGAGAUCUUGACCUUCAAACCAGUUGUGAUAAAUCCCAAGGAAACCUCGCUGUGAGACACGAAGACUCGACUGUGCAGCCCAGGGACCAGAACAAACCAACAUGUCUUUUUUUUAUUUUGAUCUGAACUGGGAAACUGAACUUUGCGAUUGCUCACAGAUCGAAUUCACGAUUCUCUCACAAGUA